AUGCAGGAGUACAAUCAAGGAGGACAAAAUGGAACAGAAGUGAUGGAAUUCAUCCUCCUUGGUUUCCCUGGGUCUCGACGUUUACAGAUGCUCAUCUUUAUGCUCUUUCUUAUCAUGUACCUCCUCACACUUCUGGGGAAUGUAGCCAUCAUCAUUCUAGUAAUCACAAACCACCACCUUCAUACCCCCAUGUACUUCCUUCUCUGCAAUCUCUCUUUCCUGGAGCUUUGGUACACAACAGCAUCUAUCCCUAAGAUCCUUGCUCUGUUCCUUGGGAGGAGCAGAAGCAUCACGUUCAUUGGCUGCAUUAUGCAGUUGUACUUUGUUUUUUCCUUUGGAACUACUGAACAGUUCCUGCUAUCUGUCAUGGCUUAUGACCGAUACUUGGCCAUAUGUUACCCUUUGCACUACAACAUUAUCAUGGAUCUCCAUUUCUGUAGCACAUUGGCAUUUGGCUGUUGGUUGGGCGGAUUCCUUAUUGUUUCUAUUCCAGCCUAUCUGAUCACAACAUUGUCCUUCUGUGGGCCCAAUGUGAUUAAUAACUUCUACUGUAGCAUUGACUCCUGGAUAGUCCUCUCCUGCACUGACACCUAUGCCAUUGAGAUGACAUCGUUUGUCAUAGCCACUAUUGUCAUUGUGGGCUCCUGUGUGAUAACCCUCCUUUCCUACAUAUACAUCAUCUCCACCAUCCUGCGCAUCCCUUCUGCCAAAGGACAACAAAAGGCCUUUUCCACCUGCUCCUCCCAUCUUGCCCUGUUGAUUAUUUGGUAUGGCUCCACCAUUUUCCUAUUUGUCAAGCCUUCUAAACAGAUCUCUAUUGAGAUGAACAAAAUAGUGAACACUCUCAGCCUCAUUGUGGUUCCAUUGCUGAAUCCUUUCAUCUACACACUAAGAAACAAAGAGGUGAAGGAGGCCUUGAGACAUUCAUUGCACUGGCAUCGGAGCAAGCUAUGUGUUAUGUCAGUCACACAGUAA